AUGCUUUUUCUCCGUUUGGGUUUCUUACAGAUCAUUGAAGAUGUCGAAAGGAUCUGCAAAUUCCGGUUCAUCUGCCCCACAAGCGAUGGCAGGCUUCGCUUAAAGAGUUUCGAGAACAAAACACGAGUAAGUUUCAGCGACAAGCAGACCGGAUCCUAUGGCCGAGCAACAGCAACUGAGAAGGCGUCCACCGGAGACUUCCAGUGGCAGAACGGAAAGAGUGGAACCAGGAGUGAAUACAAGGAAAGCUCUACGGUCAGAGUCGGAGACAAGAGUGGCUACACUGAGGUUUACAACGAGCAGAGGGUUCGUAAUGUGAGAGUUCGUAAUGUGAGUUUCAACAACAAUGGCAGCAAGAGCGUCAUAACCUAUGACAAUGGCGAUGGUGGGUAUGGCUAUAGGUAUGGGGGUGGUUAUGAUUCUGACUAG